AUGAAGCGCAUAUUUGGUUCUCUCAGCAGGCGCUCGAGCCCAUCGCUCAGCAGCCCUUCGGAGUACCCGGAUGACUCGCCCGAGGGAACGAUUCUGAAAGCAGUGAUUUCUGCGAGAGCGGGGGACAGCAAGACAACCGAGUAUGUUGGCUCAUUUGGCUCACCAACUGAGCCGUCAUUGCAAAAUAUCGCUGAUAUCGCGGUCGCACAGCAAGGAAACGAAUUCGUUCACCUGCCCGCAAUUGUCGAAAGCGCAGAGUCCAGCCCCAAUGCCGCCAGAGAGGCUGCCCAGCGGCUUCGCAAAUACCUGUCCGAUCCAGCCUCGACUCCAGCCCAGAUCCAAUACAAUGCGAUUAUGCUUAUGCGCAUACUCAUCGACAAUCCGGGCCACACCUUUACACGCAACAUCGAUGCCAAGUUCGUCGCUACGAUAAAGAGUCUCCUGCGUGAUGGGUGGGACCUCAACGUGCAACACUUCCUGCGGGAAACUCUGGAUGCCAUCGAGUCGCAGCGACAGUGGGACGAGGAUCUAGCGCCGCUGAUGCAGAUGUGGAAGAAGGAGAAAAGUAAAUUGAGCAGGCAGAACAGUGGGGCGCUUGGGCAGAGCACCUGGAGAUCUUCACGGUCGCCGCCGCAGCAGCAGCAGCAGCAGGCAUACCCAUACAUGCAGAACUCUACCCGGCCUGCGUCGACACUACCACCGCCAGAUGAACUCGCUGCUCGCGUGACAGAAGCCAAAACGUCGGCCAAGUUACUCCUGCAGUUCGUUCAGUCGACGCCCCCCGCAGAGUUCAACGAAAACGAGCUCAUCAAGGAAUUCUGUACUCGCUGCCAGACGGCAUCCCGCGCCAUUCAGAACUAUAUCCAUUCGACGAAUCCCGCACCGGACGAGAACACGCUUCAGACCUUGAUCGAGACGAAUGAUGAGCUGUCGGUCGCCUUGUCCAAGUACCAGCAUGCCUUCCUCAGCGCCCGCAAAGCAACCGGCAACUCGGGCAGCCAGUCACCCAUUUCAUCGAACGGAGCCAGUGCGGCUGGUACCAGUCGUCCGCUCCCUGUGCUCCCAGUGCCGCAGCGACAAGAGCAAAGUCCCUCCCCCUCGGUAUCCUCACCACCACCGCCGCAGCAGCAGCAGCAGAGCACUGCAACGGCGGCUCCUUUGUCAGCGGCGCCUCCGACGGCAGCGCCCGUGAAUAAUAGCGCGGCUCGGUACGAGUACCGGUCGGAGGAUUUCCAGGUACAGAAUCCAUUUGCGGAUGACUACAGUACAACCAACAACACUCUGGGUGCCACAGAGAACCAGCAACAGGCAGGGCCAUACCAACAUGCUACGCAGCACACUCUCUAA